AAACCCUGCAAGAAAAAUCCCUCAUCUCCCCCAAAACCCUCCAUCAAUGGCUUACUGAGGCUCCAAAACCCACUGUUAACCCAACCCCACUAUCACUCAUGGAACUCUCUUCAACCUUCACACACCUCUCAACCCCAUCUUCAUCUUACUCCUUCUCUUCUUCCUUCUCACCUUUCCCAACCCAAAUCCGCAUCAUAAACCCCAAAUCCCACACCCCAAAUCCUCCUCUCACCUUCCGAGUCCUCGCCGUCGCCAUCGACCCACAAGACCUCCCCAAGAACAGUCCCCAGCGACUCCUCAAGGAGCUCUCAGAACGCAAAAGAGCCACCUCCCCCAAGAAGAAAGUACCCCCGAAACGCUUCAUUCUCCGGCCACCGUUAGACGACAACAGACUCGCCCAGCGCUUCCUCAACAGCCCACAACUCUCCCUGAAAUCAUUCCCUCUUCUCAGUUCUUGCUUACCCUCUUCGAGGCUCAACAAUGCCGACAAGGCCUGGAUUGAUGAGUACUUGCUCGAGGCCAAGCAGGCUCUUGGGUACCCACUCGAGCCGUCGGAGAGGUUAGGGGAUGAUAAUCCAGCUAAGCAGUUUGAUACAUUGCUGUACAUGGCGUUUCAGCAUCCCUGUUGUGAGAGGACUAAUGCUAGACAUGUGCGGGCUGCGCAUUCGAGGCUGUGGUUUCUGGGGCAGUAUGUGCUGGAGCUGGGUUUGGCGGAGUUUUUCUUGCAGAGGUAUCCGAGGGAGAGUCCGGGGCCGAUGAGGGAGAGGGUGUUUGCUUUGAUUGGAAAGAGGUACUUGCCAAGGUGGAUUAAGGCUGCUAGCUUGCAGAACUUGGUGUUUCCUUUUGAUGAUAUGGAUAAGUUGCAGAGGAAGGAGAGGGAGCCACCUGUCAAGUGUGUAUUCUGGGCAUUGUUUGGGGCAAUAUAUUUGUGUUUUGGUAUGCCAGAAGUGUAUCGUGUUCUUUUUGAAGUAUUUGGAAUGGACCCAGAAGCUGAGGACUGCCAGCCAAGAUUACGGAGACAACUAGAAGAUGUUGAUUAUGUUUCUGUAGAAUUUGAAAACAAAAAACUCAGCUGGCAAGAUGUUGCAGUUUACAGGCCCCCAGAAGAUGCUCUGUUUGCGCAUCCAAGGCUCUUUAGGGCUUGUGUUCCACCUGGUAUGCAUCGGUUUAGAGGAAAUAUAUGGGAUUAUGAGAGCAGACCACAAGUCAUGCGAGCAUUGGGAUAUCCCUUAAAGAUGACAGAUCGAAUUCCAGAUAUUACUGAGGCAAGGAACAUCGAGCUCGGACUUGGGCUACAGCUUGCUUUCAUGCAUCCAUCGAAGCACAAAUUUGAGCACCCCCGUUUUUGUUAUGAGCGAUUAGAAUAUGUUGGCCAAAAGAUCCAGGACCUUGUUAUGGCUGAAAGGUUGCUGAUGAAACAUUUAGAUGCUCCUGGAAAGUGGCUGGCCGAGAGACACCGUAGACUUCUUAUGAACAAGUUCUGUGGAAGGUAUUUGAGGGAGAAGCGCCUCCAUCAGUUCAUAAUCUAUUCUGAACAGGUUAUGGAUGCUUACGAGCACAACCGGAGACUAAGGAAUCCUGCCACAACUGCUAUUCAGCAAGCCAUUCAUGGCCUCUCAUACACUGUAUAUGGGAAGCCAGAUGUAAGACGCCUCAUGUUUGAGGUUUUCGAUUUUGAGCAAACACAACCUAAAGCUGUCAAUGUGUGAAAACGGGAGUAGUCUUAUUGCAAUCCCAAUACAUGAUGGAAACCAAUCUUUCUCAUUUUCUUGGACUUUUUUUCACUAUAUUGUUGAUAGGAAUGUCAAGAUAUAUGUGAAUAUGUGAUUGUGCUAGCUAACAUGAACAAACACUAAUGUAAUACAAGUGUAACAGUGCUAAUUGUGUAUCAUAUUAGA